UGCCUUUCAAGAGUGGCACCAAAGGAGUUAUGAAGAAGAAAUCUUGCCUUUUAAAAAAACAAAUGUUUGUUGCAGAUGAGCCGUAUUUCCUGGACUCCGGUCAGAACGUGACGGUGGUGCUGGGCAGAGACGCUACUCUAGUCUGCCGGGUGCAGAAUCUAGACAGCUACAAGGUGGCGUGGCUCCGCGUGGACACCCAGACCGUGCUCACCAUCGGCACCCACGUGAUCACGAAGAACCCCCGAGUCGCCGUGUCCCGGCCCGAAGCCGCGGCCUGGGCUCUGACGGUGCGGGGCGCACGCCGCGCCGACGCCGGCGCCUACAUGUGCCAGGUCAACCGCGAGCCGAUGAUACACGCCACGCAUCACCUGCAGGUGGUCGUGCCACCGGACAUCACGGCGGGCGGCAGCGGGGGCGAGGUGCGGGCGCGGGAGGGCGAGGGCGCCGCCCUACACUGCAGCGCCACCGGGGUGCCACCGCCCAGCAUCACCUGGCGACGGGAGGACGCCGCUGCCAUCCACGUCAACGGUAAUGUCACUGUGAACAAAUGGAGCGGUGAGUGGCUGAACCUGUCUUCAGUGAGUCGGGAGAGCGACGGCGCGUACCUGUGCAUCGCCACCAACGGGGUGCCGCCGUCCGUCAGCAAGCGGAUCAUACUGCACGUGCUGUGUGCACCGUCAGUGUUCGCGAAACAGAAGAUGAUGGGCGGGUACGUCGGCAGCUCGGUGUCUCUGCAGUGUCGGGUGGAGGCCAACCCACGCCCCGCCGUGUACUGGACGCACAGCCACGCCACGAGGCUGCAGUAUGGUUCAAAGUACCAGGCGUCCAUGAGAUCGGAGGGGUAUCGGCACUGGGCGACGUUGCAGAUCCACAAUGUGACUCGCGACGACAUCGGCGCCUAUACCUGCCUUGUGGAGAACGCACUGGGCAAGGGACGUGCUGACAUUACAUUAUACACUCUAGCUUCUACAACUACUAGCACUAUGAUGAUAGACCCCACCACCGACCAGGUCACCACUACAUUAGAAGACUAUUUAGAAAUCAGCUCGGCGGAGGCUCCGACGGACCACGUGGCGGUGGACCUGGCAGAAGAGGACCCCUAUGUGGUCGUGCUGAGCCAACACCAAAUGCAGAGCUUCGAUCCUAUGCCGAGUUCGUGACCAGAGAACCGACCAGAUGACCAGGACGACUGGUCCAUGUGGUCUUCAGCAGAAGCGGCUUCUGCUUACAGUGAACUUCGAAUGAUAGUAAUUGUAACUGUCAUUAACACUUUUUUGUAAAGUGAUAAAGUGUG